AUGCCAGCUGUAACCAACGAUACUUUUGAUCUGCCUCUAGCAAAGAGGCAGAAACGUGCUUCUGAUAAGGAUCUUCUACAAAAAAAAAGUGGAGGCUCCAAAAUAUUUGCUCCUUUCCGAACUCUAGGUCUUGUCUCGCCAACACCAGUCCCUUUUACAAGUGUUCGUCUGGGUAAAUCGACCUUUCAGAUUACUACCUCGGUGGGCCAUUCACUACAGACCUAUGAUUUGCGCCGAGGCCUGAACUUGAUAUUUCUGAGUCGACCUCAAACUCCAGAGAUCAUUACUGCCACAUACGCCUGGCAGGACAAAGUAUUUGCCGCGUGGGGCCAUCUUCGACCUCGAUCAUCCGGGGGAAUUUGGGUCUUCAAGCGAGGCAAACGAGUCGCUUCCCUGGAUAGUCCGGCGCUCGAUGGACCUAUUGAACGUUUGAUUGUGUUUGGAUCGUGGGUGGUUGGAUGCUGGUCUGGAGGUCUGGAAGUAUGGAAGACAGGAACCUAUGAGCAUUAUACCAGUCUAAGACCCCAGACAAGCUCAUUGGGGGAUCAAGUCUACGCGGGAGUUAUGUGCAACAUGCCAACCUAUCUCAACAAGAUUUUUGUAGGACGAGUUGAUGGCGGAGUUGAUAUUUGGAACCUGCGCUCUGGAAAGCUACUCCAUACGCUUCUCCCAUCUUCAUUCAACACUGGGCCAGUGACUGCAAUUCAGCCAACCCCUGCUCUUUCACUGCUAGCUAUCGCCCACAAAAACGGCGCGCUGUCAAUCCAGAACGUCGAUUCAGGUAAUCUCAUUCUAUCUCUCCGGACAGCCUCCGCUCGUGCCCUACCGGUGACUUCAAUCAAUUUCCGAAGUGAUGGCCUGGGAGCAGGACAUGAUGGUAGGAUGGACGGGGUGAUGGCAACUGCUUCAAGUGGGAGCGGCGAUAUCACCAUAUGGGACUUAAAUGAGAGCCGAGUGGCCGGAAUUCUUCGUGGUGCUCACAAAAUCUCAAACAGCCAGUCAGCCUUGGGCGUGAAUCGGAUUGAGUUUUUGGAUGCGCAGCCCGUUCUUGUAUCAACGGGAGACGACAAUGCCCUCAAGACAUGGAUUUUCGACGAGACCCCAUUUUCUUCGACUCCACGUCCUCUCCACACCAGAGGUGGUCAUUCUGCAGCCGUCAGCGCUGUUGAAUUCUUACCGGCGGCCUCGGAUGGCUCCGAUUCCGGGGGAAAAUGGCUUCUUAGUGCAAGCAAGGAUUGUAGUCUAUGGGGGCUCAGUGUACGCAAAGACAGCCAGCACACAGAACUUUCUCAGGGAAACUUGGCGCACAAGGCGAAAAAGCUAGGCCCAUCGGAUCUUGCUAGCUCUGUUGUGGACACACUCAAGGCGCCUGAGAUCACCUGCAUCGCGUCCUCGCUCAAUCGGGAUGGUGGAAUGGGAGUCUCAACCUCAGGCUCCAUUUGGUCAAAUCCAAAGUUCACAAAUGCCGAUGCUUCCAACGCUACCGGGUGGGAAAGUGUGGUUACUGGCCACCGGGGUGAUAUUUAUGCUCGGACAUGGUUCUGGGGCAAGAAAAAGGCUGGACGAUGGGCGUUUGUGACCAGUGAUGGAACUGAAGUCAAGAGUGUGGCCGUAUCACAAUGUGGAACUUUUGCCGUUAUUGGAUCGGCAGGCGGUGCUAUUGACCUGUUCAACUUGCAGUCUGGCCAACAUCGUCAGAGCUUUCCACCUCGGUCGCCCAAAUCCCGCACCAAUGGCAAUACAGCCACCCUAGCAUUGUCGAAUGCCCGUCAUACAAAAGCGGUCACUGGUUUGAUGAUUGAUAAUCUCAACCGAACUGUGAUUAGUGGUGGACUAGACGGCAAGGUUAAGUUCUGGGACUUGCUUACCGGGUCAUUGAUUGACGAGCUGGAUUGGCAUCCAAUGGCAGCAGUGACUGGGCUUCGCUAUAGCAAGACAAGUGAGCUGGUGGCCUUCAGUUGUGAUGAUCUUUCCAUCCGUGUCAUCGAUCUCGAGACGAGAAAGCUUGUUCGUGAGUUCUGGGGAUGUGUUGGUCAAGUGAAUGACUUCAUUUUCUCCAGCGACGGCCGAUGGAUUAUCGCAGCCUCGAUGGAUUCAGUGCUGCGGGUGUGGGAUCUGCCUACCGGACAUCUCAUUGAUCUUUUCCGGGUCUCUAGUACCUGCGUUUCACUAGCCAUGCCAGCGACUGGGGAAUUCCUUGCCACUGCACAUGCAGGGAGCAUAGGGGUCAGCCUAUGGAGCAACCGCAGCCUGUUCAUGCCGAUUUCCACAAAGAAUCUGGAUGAAGAUGUGAUCGAGGACGUGGCUGUUCCCACCUCAUCUGGUGAAAGCGGUGCCGGUCUUGUAGAGGCGGCAUUCUUGGAUGCUCCCGAGUCUGAUGAUGCGGAAGGACCAGUGCUGGCUACUGAGCAAUUGCAACAAGACAUGCUCACCCUCAGCCUGGUUCCAAAAAGUAAAUGGCAGGCUUUGAUUCACCUCGAGUCAAUCAGAGAACGUAAUCGACCUAAGGAAGCUCCCAAGGCCCCCGAAAAGGCUCCUUUCUUCUUACCCUCCCUUGUAGGUGGCGGUGACUCGCAGCCCAAUAAUGGAACAGUCCAUGAGACGACUGAAUUUGGUUCUCUCACACAGAAUGUGGAGGCAGAGCGCUCUCGAGUGUCCAAAAUCCCUGGGGGAGUGAGCUCUGCUGAAUCCUCUAUUACUCAAUUAUUGAAAUCUGGCUCUAGCUCUGGUGACUUCGAACAUUUGAUUACGCAUCUCAAAUCACUUUCUCCAUCCAAAGCAGAUUUGGAGAUACGUUCUCUCGAUCCUCGGGUGCGUGGAGGUUUCUCUGAAUUAUCAGCUUUUGUCGACGCUUUGACUAUGCGCCUUAAGUUGAAGAGAGAUUUUGAGUUGGUGAAUGCGUGGAUGGCAGUCUUCUUGAAGAUUCAUGCGGAUACAGUUGGACUGUGUUCUCAUCGUGAAGAACCCGAAUAUCGCCUCCUGCGGGACGCUCUGAGCUCCUGGGCUUCUGAACAGGAACAGGAAGGGAAACGUCUAGCUGGUUUGGUAGGCUACUGUCGCGGAGUCGUGGGAUUCCUGAGAUCAGCCCGAUAG